AGGGAUCACAAAGCCAGACCAAACUCAAUGGGCUUGGCAGGUUGGUUGUAUCGCCCAUUGUCCCGCUCCCCACUAUAAAAACGGUCUUUUGAAGCCGAAAGCCGAAAAUCCCUACGGUACACUGAACCAUUACUACACACCUAACGCAACACACCAAAGCCAUGGAUUCGGAUUUCGGCAUUCCCAGAGAACUCUCUGAUCUUCAGAAACUCAGAUCUCUCUACCUGCCUGAGCUUCCUCCCUGUCUCCAGAUCUGCUGACAUGCAGACUCUUAAUUUGAUUUCUGUUGAUCAGAUCUCGUCUUCGGGAACUACAGUUAGAGUGGAAUUUGGUGAUGCAACAACAGUUGCAGAUCCUGCAGAUGCCCACAUCAUUGCUCGAGCCUUUCCACACAACUACGCUCAGCCGUUGGCUCACUUUUUAAGGGCAACUGCUAAAGUUCCUGAUGCUCAGAUUAUCACCGAGCAUCCAGCAAUAAGGGUUGGAAUUGUCUUUUGUGGUAGACAAUCUCCUGGUGGGCAUAAUGUCGUUUGGGGUCUUCACAAUGCUCUGAAAAUCCACAACCCUAAGAGUACUUUACUUGGAUUUUUGGGUGGCUCUGAAGGUUUAUUUGCACAAAAGACUCUUGAGAUAACAGAUGACAUCCUUUCAACCUACAAAAAUCAAGGUGGUUAUGAUUUGCUUGGAAGGACCAAAGAUCAGAUUAGGACAACUGAGCAAGUUAAUGCUGCGUUAACUGCGUGCAAAGAUUUGAAAUUAGAUGGCCUUGUCAUUGUUGGAGGGGUAACAUCAAACACUGAUGCUGCUCAACUUGCUGAAACAUUUGCUGAAGCAAAAUGCCCAACAAAGGUGAUUGGUGUUCCUGUUACAUUGAAUGGAGACCUCAAGAAUCAAUUUGUAGAAACAAACAUUGGUUUUGAUACAAUAUGCAAGGUCAAUUCGCAGCUCAUCAGCAAUGUAUGCACUGAUGCUCUCUCUGCUGAGAAGUAUUAUUACUUUAUUCGUCUGAUGGGUCGGAAGGCAUCACAUGUUGCUCUUGAAUGCACUCUUCAAUCUCAUCCAAAUAUGGUAAUUCUUGGUGAGGAAGUUGCUGCCUCAAAGCUUACCCUUUUUGACUUGACAACACAGAUUUGUGAUGCAGUUCAAGCAAGAGCACAACAAGACAAGAACCAUGGAGUCAUCCUACUGCCAGAAGGACUUAUAGAAAGCAUCCCUGAAGUGUAUGCUUUAUUAAAGGAAAUUCAUGGGCUGCUCAAGCAAGGUGUCUCUGUCGAUAACAUUUCAUCUCAGCUUUCACCUUGGGCAUUUGCUUUGUUUGAAUUUCUGCCCCCUUUCAUUAAGAGACAGCUGCUCCUACAACCAGAAUCAGAUGAUUCUGCACAGUUAUCGCAGAUUGAGACAGAGAAACUCCUAGCACAUCUUGUGGAGGUUGAAAUGAACAAGCGCCUGAAAGAAGGCACGUACAAGGGGAAAAAAUUCAAUGCUAUUUGCCACUUCUUUGGUUAUCAAGCUCGUGGAUCUUUACCAUCAAAAUUCGAUUGUGACUAUGCUUACGUUCUUGGGCACAUCUGCUAUCACAUUCUCGCAGCCGGUUUGAAUGGUUACAUGGCAACUGUUACUAACUUGAAGAAUCCUGUGAACAAGUGGAAAUGCGGUGCUGCACCGUUUACGGCUAUGAUGACUGUCAAGCGUUGGUCUCAAAAUCCAGGUGCAAGUGCAACUUCAAUUGGGAAACCUGCUAUUCAUCCAGCUACUGUGGAUUUGAAGGGCAGAGCAUAUGACCUAUUGAGACAGAAUGCACAAAGAUUUUUACUGGAUGAUCUGUACAGAAAUCCAGGACCUCUUCAAUUUGAUGGUCCUGGUGCUGAUGCUAAGGCUGUCACUCUUUGUGUUGAAGACCAAGAUUACAUGGGUCGAAUCAAGAAAUUGCAGGAAUAUCUUGACAAGGUCCGGACCAUUGUGAAACCAGGGUGUUCUCAGGAGGUCUUGAAAGCAGCUUUAAGUGUAAUGGCUUCUGUGACGGAUGUUUUAUCUGUUAUGUCCUCAUCUUCGUCAAGUACCCAGACAUCCAUCUAUGAGUGAAUGACGUAUUUUCUCGGCCAUUUUGGUGCUGCUGGUUUGCGUAAUUUUCUUUUCACUUACUCCCUGUCUUGAACUGUAACUGCCGAGAGUGUUUGUAAUAAACUCAGUUUUGUUGAAAGAGAGAAUUUUCCUCCUUAGUUCUCUAUUCUGUCAUCUUUUCUAAUUGACCUUUAAUAUUCAAGAUUUUUCUCAA